AUGUCUUCCUGGGUGGAGCUGGCAUCGGAGCUGCUCAACAAUGGGCAGAGCAUGACCUCUUCUACCAACAGUAACCUGCGCAUCCUCAGGCUCUUGCGUGUGGGCAAGCUGGUGCGCGUCGUACGUGUGUUCCGCGUGGUCAAGUUCUUUCGGAGUCUGCGGACUCUGGUGCAAUCAUUGAUGGGGACGAUGAAAUCACUGUUCUGGGCCAUGAUUCUACUGGCGCUUAUUAUCUAUAUCUUUUCUAUUCUGUUUACAGAUGCCGUCAUCGACUACGUGCGCGAGUCGGGUGUCGUGGAGCUGAACGACACAGUCUUGGAGCAAUCUUUCGGAACACUCUAUGAGUCGUACUUGACGCUUUUCCGAUCGAUUUCAAACGGAGUCACAUGGGGUGAGCCAGCAAGUGCCCUGUCGCGAAUUCCCGAAGGAACGAUCUGGGUGCAGCUCUUCCACUUCUACAUUGCCUUCUGCAGCUUCGCCGUCCUCAAUGUCAUGACUGGUGUUUUCUGCAAUAGCGCUAUCAAAGCGGCCGAACGUGACCAUGAAAUGUUAGUGAUGUCAUUGGUGCAGAGCCGGCGCGAGCUGAAGGGCCAAGUUGCAAAUCUGUUUCAAAGGAUCGACGAGCGAGGAUUGGGCCAGGUGACAAUCGAAGACUUUGAAAAGCAUUUUGACGAUGAUGCUGUUAUCGCUUUCUUUGAGUCACUGGAAGUUGGUGCCAUGGAUGCCUGGACGUUGUUCAUGAGUUUGGACGUGGAUGGUGACCACACCAUCAGUGUUGAGGAGUUCACAGAGCGCUGCCUGAAGCUUCACGGCCCAGCUCGCUCAGCAGAUCUUUAUGCGCUGCGGCACCUUUCGGACAAGCACUCCACGCAGUUGGAUCACAUUGAAGACUUUCAGAAGCGUUGCAACAAACGGCUGGACCAGCUGUCCAGAGCGAUGUCUGUGCACGCGAAGGAGGUCGACGACGAAGAAGAUACGGAGGUCCUGAAGAACUGGCUAUAG